UGUGCUUUCCAAUGCAGUAAUGCCUAGCCACACAUAACUAUUUAAAUUGAAGUUAAAUAAAGCUGAAAAAUCAGAUCCUACACAAGCCACAUUUUUCAGCUGCUCAGCCGUCACUUGGCAAGUGGCUGCCAUAUUGGACAGCACAGAGAGAGGAACAUCAUCGCUGCAGAAAGGUUUUGGACAGUUGUGGUCAAGACUUACCACUUAGCCGUAGCUGUGGAUGCCAUGGCAAAUUUGGCAUCUGGCUUGGCUUUAGAAGUUUGAAGAAACUAGACAGUUGUUCAGUUCUUGAAAUCAUGAAUCCUGUUUAUAGCCCUGGAUCUUCCGGGGUUCCCUAUGCAAAUGCCAAAGGAAUUGGUUAUCCAGCUGGUUUCCCCAUGGGCUAUGCAGCAGCGGCUCCUGCCUAUUCUCCUAACAUGUACCCUGGAGCGAAUCCUACCUUCCAGACAGGUUACACUCCCGGCACGCCUUACAAAGUGUCCUGUUCCCCCACCAGUGGGGCUGUGCCACCGUACUCCUCCUCCCCCAACCCCUACCAGACUGCCGUGUACCCUGUGCGAAGUGCCUACCCCCAGCAGAGCCCAUAUGCACAGCAAGGCACGUACUACACACAGCCGCUGUAUGCAGCACCCCCCCACGUCAUCCACCACACCACGGUGGUGCAGCCCAACGGCAUGCCGGCGACGGUGUACCCUGCUCCCAUCCCUCCUCCCAGAGGCAACGGGGUCACCAUGGGCAUGGUGGCUGGGACCACCAUGGCCAUGUCAGCAGGUACCCUGCUGACUGCUCACUCCCCAACUCCUGUUGCCCCCCACCCUGUCACUGUGCCCACCUACCGGGCCCCAGGAACACCCACCUACAGCUAUGUGCCCCCUCAGUGGUGAUCACCCUGCAAAUGUUUGAGGAUGGAGCUGUGCAGUCACAUCAUUGAGGUUCCACAGCUGGUGCUGCAGGCCUUGUGCCUCCAACCAGGACUUUCUUCUUAAUGCUCUCGACACUUGGCUAAACACGACUACAUCCCGGCCCAGCAGGUCCCAGCGCCGUUAGUCUCCAACUAAUUCUGUGGGUUGGUCUUAAAGCAAAUCCUGUUUUGUGGACUGCCUGGCAAUUUUUUAGCUAACUGUAAUGAUAAAAAGGGAGUAUUAAUCUAUUCUGAAUCAUAUCUAGUUGAAUGCAUGUUUAAAAAAAACAAACACAAAAACAAAGCUUGCUCAAUCUACCUGCAGUGACUGAUGCAAAACCAUCAUAUGCAAAAUCCAAAGGAAUGGAAAUGUAUUUUACAACUUGUAUCACUAAUGCACUGUUGUAAUGUAUACAAAGUCUUCAAGUUAUAAGUGUUAAAGUGAAUUUCUUCAUAGAGCAUUUGAAAUAUCUUAGAUGAUUCUUCAACCUUUUGGGGUUGACGUGCGUUGCCAAUUGGGGAUAUGGAUGUUUAGUUUUCAGCAACCUUUCUUUGGCACUGACUGCACUGGGAGGGAGUUGCCGGGAUCGGAGAGAACGGGAGAGCACAGCUGCUCAGGCAUCCCUCUCUUCCCGCUUAGGCUUGGGUCAGUGCAUGGGGAUGUGCUUAAAAGUCAUCAUGAAGGCUUAGGGUUGUGUGGCCAGUACAGUUAGAGGUGAGGGGGUGGUUUAUGUGUCAGCAAAGCGAUUUUCUCUGCUAUCUAAAUUUUCAUUACAAGUCUUUUACAGAGAGAGGUGAUGUUUUAUAAAUCUUUAUUGGAAAAGUCCUGCGUAGAACUAAAUUAUUUUCCUGGGAUGGAAAAUAUGUGAAAGAAAAACAGCCAUGCUUGGAGGAGGUAUUGUCCUCUUCAUUUAGCUUAGAAAAUCAUUCCAUUUUUUUUUUUUUUCCUGAGAACUGUGUCAGCUGAAAACACAUAGGCACUGCUGUUUGUCCCCCUACAAAGAAGGGCAAAGAUUUCAGCUGUAUGUUGUGGAAAAAGUUGUAUAUUUAAGAAUGAUUAAAAGGGAACAAAACUUUA